ACACAUACAUCAAGGUGGGCCCCACGGUCAGGGAUCCCACCGAAGCCGCGCCCGUACCGAGAGAGGGGUCACUGCCGAAUCCAAGUCCGCGGCGACCUGACCCUACAACCCCAGCGUUGCAAGAACGCAAAAAGAUGGAUGCAUUGAAUUCGUGCUGAGGAGAAAGAAUGUAUACACAGUCAUUAUAUAAACGAAGAGGCGAUUUUUGCCACCUGUGAGCGAUGGAGAAGGUCAAGGAGAAGCAGAUAUUCCUAUUCCACUGUGUAGAGGCGGAGGAUCUUGCUCGGAAAGUCGCCGCCCAAUCCGACUGUAUUCAGCUCCAGUCCAUUAACUGGAGGAGCUUUGAUGAUGGAUUCCCGAACCUUUUCAUUAACAAUGCACAAGAUAUCAGAGGCCAACACGUUGCCUUUCUAGCUUCUUUCAGCUCUCCAGCUGUCAUUUUUGAGCAGCUCUCUGUCAUAUUUGCUUUGCCACGACUGUUUGUUGCUUCCUUUACAUUGGUUUUACCAUUCUUUCCAACUGGUUCCUUUGAACGCAUGGAAGAGGAAGGGGAUGUGGCAACUGCAUUCACCAUGGCUCGAAUUUUAUCAAAUAUACCUAUAUCUAGGGGUGGUCCAACCAGUUUAGUCAUCUAUGAUAUACACGCUUUGCAGGAAAGGUUUUAUUUUGGGGAUCAUGUUUUACCUUGUUUUGAAACCGGAAUCCCUCUACUGAAGCAGCGUCUUCACCAGCUUCCUGAUGCCGACAAUAUAAUUGUGGCGUUUCCAGACGAUGGGGCAUGGAAGCGAUUUCACAAGCUAUUGCAACAUUUUCCCAUGGUUGUCUGCACUAAGGUCCGUGAAGAUGAUAAGAGGAUUGUGCGUAUUAAGGAGGGGAAUCCAGCUGGUCGCCAUGUUGUCAUUGUUGAUGAUUUGGUGCAGUCUGGAGGGACACUUAUUGAGUGCCAGAAAGUUUUGGCUGCUCAUGGUGCGGCAAAGGUAAGUGCUUAUGUUACCCAUGGCGUGUUUCCUAAGAAAUCGUGGGUGCGAUUUACUCACGAAAAUUCUGAGGGCUCAGAGAGGGCUUUUGCAUACUUUUGGAUCACGGAUUCCUGUGCUCUUACUGUGAAGGCUAUUGCGGGCAGGGCUCCUUUUGAAGUGUUGAGUCUUGCAGGGUCCAUUGCAGAAGCCCUUCAAAUCUGAAACUUUGUGGUGUUUGGUUGGGAUGAUGGCUGAUGCCUGCUUGUGGAAGUUCACGAGGCAUGUUCAAAUAAUCAUCUGUUGGUAGGUGUGCUUCUGAUUAGGAAGUCUUCAUCGUGUCACUUCAGAUAAUGGUGUUUUUUGGAACCUUACAUUUUUCAAUCUGUAACCUAUCUUGUCUCAACGAAGUAGAGCUUUUUGGUUUCAAUUUCUUACAUGGGUUUCUCUU